GGAAUUUAUUCAUUCUUAUUACUGUUUGACAGAUUCCCCAUGAUGAGAAAAGUUGUUUUUAAAGCUAUUGAAGCUGUGUGAGGAUGCAUCUGUUGUGCACCUGCAUCCUGUUCUUCACCUUGCUGAUGGUGUCUCGCCAGGUGAGUGCCACUGUGUCAAACAGCUUCAAUGACUGCAGCCAUUUUUUCUACAUGCAAACACCACCUGCAGGGAUCAGAGGAGCAAACCUGAAGAGGAUCUGCCAGAAGUAUGCUGACAAACUGCGCUAUGCCACGUUGUAUGACAGCAGUCUCCAUCUCCCGCUCUACUCAGCCUACAUUUUUAAGAAGUCUGAUGGGAAGAGGAGGGUGGACACACCCUGGAUGUAUGAGCCUCAGCUGGUUUCUGAUGAUGAAAGUAGUAACAUGAGGGGGCUUCCCCUGAGUGAACACACUCCCCCUCUGAUUGAGAACAGUCAGGCUGUACUGGAGGACUACAUAGAUGCUGUAGAAUACAGACGUGGCCCCCUGAAUCCAGACCAGCACCAAGCGGAGCCAGAUGACAAAUCCUCCACCUACACCUUGACCAAUGUCGUCCCACUAAUCACAGACUUACUGGACACUUCUUGGAACCCAUACUUGGAUGUAAUCCGUCGACGCCUUAACAACUUCUGCCAUGGCAAAUCUUUUAUUGUCACAGGGGUCACCGUUUCAGGGGCCACUAUACAGCGAAAUAACAGGGACCACCUGGGAAUCCCAAAACACUUAUGGUUUGCAUACUGCUGCCCAAGAUUUGACCGUAACGCCCCGUAUGAGGUGAGGUUUAUGUUCCCUACCUAUGGGGGCUAUGCACUUAAUGAACGGACUGGUUACAGUGUGGUGGAAGUACCACUCAAGACUCUGGAGAGUUUCCUGAGGAGUCAGGCAAACAUAGACAGUGACAUGAUCAUUUUCUACAAGGGUUGUGUGUCAGAAAACACCUUCAACAAGAAGAAGAGAAGUGGCCUGACCAGCGUUGAAAUGCAGCCAACCAUCAUCAGAUCUCUCCUGAAAAUGACAUUGUGGGUACAAAUGGUUUUCCUGCUUGUCAACCUAGCAGCAGCAGUGAGAGGGAGAGUGGAAAAAGAGCUGUCUCCAGAGUGCAGAGAAUUCCUCUACAUGGGAACACCGCCGUCAGGACUGGAACACCAAUCCAUCCAGUACAUCUGUCAACUUUACAACAAGAAGCCACGCUAUGUUACUCUGUACAGCACUAUGGAUCAUAUACCUAUCUACUCUGCCUACAUCUUUAAACGCUCAGAUGGGGAGAAAUGUGUGGACAUUCCCUGGAUGUACGAGCCUCAGCUUUCCACCUCUGUUGACACAGAUGAAAUGCAGCCCUUUCCACAAGGUUACAUGCACAGGAAUUUCGAAGACUCCCAAGCAAUUCUUGACGAUUAUACAAAUGCAGUACAUUAUGAGCGAGGUACUCUCAAUCCAGACGAACAUCAGGAUGAACCUGACGACAAGGCCUCCACUUACACCCUCACCAAUGUGGUGCCCAUGGUGCCCAACUUCAGCAACAGAGUCUGGAACAAACAGGAGCACAUCAUCCGCAAACGACUUAACAACUACUGCCGUGGAACAGCUUACAUUGUGACUGGUAUCACCACCUCGGGGAAGAUGAUCCACAGGAAAAACAUGAAACGAAUCGCAGUUCCCACCUAUGUUUGGUCAGCUUAUUGCUGUGUUAACUACGACCACAACACCCCUUAUAAUGAACGGUAUAAGUUCCCAUCGUUUGCUCACUAUGGUCUCAAUGAGGAAGAGAACAACAACAUUGUGGAAAUCUCCGUCCAGAAGCUGAAGGAGUUUCUUAAGAGGACAACCUUUGUAAACCAGAACUUUCAGAUCUUUGUAGAAGACUGUGUCCCACCAGCAUCCAGUAAAAUUAACUAAGAAAAUGUUCAUAUUUAAGGUAGCAAUAUGUCAUUGUUCUUUAUGUAAGAAAGACACAACCUUUAAUAAUAUAAUGAUAACUAGACUCUAUUUAAAUUUAGAAGUAAAUCAUGACAAUGUGACAGUCUGAAAUUAAAGCAGAAUUCUACAAUCAUCAUUGAUUUAAACCUUCAUGUUUUCUAUUGUUGUAUAUUAAAUUUCACAGCUUCACAAGCCAUGUUUGGCUUGUGAACAUUCACAUUCAUGUUUUGACAUGUUGCAACAUGAAAAACUGGUAAAACGUUCCCCUUUUACAAACUCACACAUCAGAACUAGUUUGUAAGAUGUGCUCUUGUCUUAAUCUGGGGUGGCUUGUUUUCUAUUCUUUUUUCUUUUUUUUCAGACAUAAACCCCUCAAAUGUAAAAGAAACAGUUCAUUAUUAUGAUGUUAGGCUUGUUCACAUUAAAUGUGCCACAAAUCACUGAAUUAAAAAGAACAGAAAAAUAGAAAGUGAAGCACAAAAGCUAUUUUAUUGUGCAGUGAGGCUGCAUGCAAAACACAAAGCUGUGCAACCUGAAUGGCAUGCAGUUGAUCAGCUUCAACUGUGCUUUUCUGAAUGUCGGUUGUGAGCAACAUCUACCAGACAGCCCUAUCAAGUCAUAAAAAUAUUGGAUAUUAUUACACAUUUUCCUUAUUCCCAUCAGAUAACCUUGAAAAACAUAAAGACCGUUUUGUAUUGCUGAUACCUUCAUAUGCAUACAGUCUGUAUCUCUACCACAGUGGUGCUCUUUCUGUACUUACUUUUGUCUGAUCACAAUAAAGCAAAAGGAACCUGUUACA